GUGGAAUCUUAUUGAAUCGAAGGUCAAUAUGCUUUUACGACCUUCGUAUAGAUCUGCGGUUUGUUGCUGCAUAAAACCGAGUAAUUGCAGAAUCUUCACAUCAGUUAAGUUCAAUAUUAGAGCGAUUGAAAAUAGUGAUGCUGAGUUGUGGGAGUUAAUACAAGAAGAGAGAAAGCGACAGCAGUCAUCGUUAGCUCUAAUUGCGUCGGAAAAUUUCACAUCUCAAGGCAUUUUAGAAUGUCUUGGCUCAUGUCUCACAAACAAAUAUUCUGAAGGGUACCCCUAUUGUAGAUAUUAUGGGGGGAAUGAAAUUAUAGAUACUGUGGAAACGCUGGCACAGUCGAGGUUGCUGAACCUCUUUGGUCUCAAAACACAUGAAGAAACACUCGAUAGUGCUGCAUGGGGUGUUAAUGUUCAGCCGUACAGCGGAUCACCAGCAAACUUUGCCGUGUAUACUGGCUUACUUAAUCCACAUGACCGGUUAAUGGGUCUUCAUUUACCGGAUGGAGGCCAUCUUACACAUGGUUUUCAAACAUUGUCAAAGAAGAUAAGCGCAACUUCUAUAUUUUUUGAAUCUAUCCCCUAUCACCUCCAUAAGGAGACUGAACUAAUUGACUAUGAUGCACUGCAACGAGAUGCUCUAAACGUUUUCCCAAAACUUAUAAUUUCUGGAAUUACUGCCUACCCAAGAUUACUGGAUUACAAACGUUUUCGUCAGAUAUGUGAUUCCGUUGGAGCUGUACUGCACGCAGAUAUGGCGCAUAUAUCUGGCUUAGUUGCCGCCAAAGUUGUUCCAUCACCAUUUGAGUACGCUGAUGUUGUAAGCUCUACAACGCAUAAAACUCUGCGUGGACCACGUUCUGGAUUGAUCUUUUAUCGUAGACGAGAAAGAUAUGACGAAAAACCUAAGAUCGAAUGUUGUAUUCCUGUUGAUCAAUUAGAAACACGAAUAAAUAAUGCAGUCUUUCCUGGUCUACAAGGUGGACCGCAUGAAAAUGUAAUAGCUGCUGUUGCUGCUAUGGCACACGAAGCAAGUAAACCGGAAUUCCAUGAUUAUGGUCUUCAGGUCUUAUCAAAUGCUCAGGCUUUAGCGAACGCUCUUAUAUCGCGUGGUAUUCGUCUUGUAACAGGUGGUACUGAUAUUCAUUUUGUACUUGUUGAUUUAUCUAACUCACCUGGUAAACCGAAACUAAGCCGGGGUGAUGGAGCACGAGUUCAGUUAGUUGCAGACCUUGUUGGCAUUGUGUUAAAUAAGAAUUCAGUUCUUGGCGAUUCUAGCGCUCAGCAACCAUCUGGUUUGAGAAUAGGUACACCUUCACUAACCACACGUGGAUUUAAAGAAAAAGAUUUUGAAAAAGUUGCUUCGUUUCUGGAUGAAUUACUGGACCUAACGAUUAUGGUUAAAUCUGUUUCAAAAAAUCUGAAAACUUUUCGACUGGCUCUUUCGGAGGAUGAGCAAAUCAAACUGAAGAUUGCAGAUUUACGUAAUCGUGUUGCUGACUUUGCCAACAGUUUUCCUAUGCCUGGAAUGGAGGAUAUGUAAAUAAGUGCACCUGCAGAAUUUAAUGAUUCGUAUUUGCUAACAUACAAUUUAUACAACUGCCAGCUUGUUGUAGUUUGGUACCAUCAUGUAUUGCAUAUCUACGAUUCAUUUGAUUUAAUAUUUUUAAAUAUCCUCGAUACUCUCGCUUCGAUCUAUUGUAUUUCCUAGAAAAUUGUUAAUACAUUUUAUUCUGUUG